GAAGUGCUUGGCACAUGUUCUGGUGCUGAGCUGCAUAACAGAGUAUGGGCUUGCAAUAAAGGCUCGAGGGGUCCAUCCGAACUUGACCCCGCUGUUCAACAUCAAGGCAUCUUUCGAUCGCAAAGACGUCGAUAAAUUCAAGGGCCUCUCUGCCACGCUGGACAAUGAAACGAAUCAGAUCGUUCUUUUGAACUGCGUGGAGGAACAUGCGGUGUCUUGGGCUCGACUUGCCGAUCGUCUGAGUGAAACUGGAUGGAUGGAACUCCACGUCAGCACCGCAAAAGGGGCGUUCUUCUCCAAUGACCUGAAGAUGUACAGCGCAGGGAUUGUGGAAGGCUUCUUGACAGCGGAACGCAUGUCCCAGUUCUACAGCAACUUCUAUCCCCUGUUGCAGCCCGACGAGGAUUCCACGCUAGCAAUGAUGAACAUUAGGAAUUCUUUCAAUCAGCAGAUCCAGCACAUCAUGAGAAUGUCUCACUUGUCUGCCGGCACUAGCGAGGGCGAGCCUGCUGAUCCAUACUGGAAGCACAUCCGGUACCUCUUCCUGCAGAUGUGGGGCUUGAAGGACGCUUACAACCUUGUGGCUCAAGCGAAGGAGGUGCGGACCAUUGACAUGGUGGAUCUUCUUUUCAUCAAUUCCCAUGCAGAGCUGCCCGAGCUCAUAGAGGCAUUUCGGCCGCAGGCAGUGGCAGACAGAAUGGGAGCUCCAAAUCUAAGCGCUGCAUCGGCCCAGCAGGACCUCACCACUCCAGGCUCCUUCCUGUCAGCACACGUCACUGAGGAAGAUGCUUCCAGGCUUGAUGCUGAUUGGAAGCUCCGACUAGCAAAGCAUGGCCACUGCACCGCUCUAGUGCGGCUUGCACCGGCAAACGCUGACCUUUUUGUUGGGCACACCACAUGGAGCGACUACAGCAAAAUGACUCGAGUGUACAAGUACUACCGCUUGGAUUUGCCAUUGUCUUUUCAAUCGCACGAGCUGAUGGGUUUCAGUUCAUAUCCAGGCUGCGUCAGCAGCACUGACGAUUUCUACAUGAUGGACCAUGGCCUUGCAGUCAUGGACACCACCUUGGAGGUACUGAAUCCGAAGUUGUACAGCCGCGCCAUGGAUGACCCCAACAAGCCUAGGUUGCCGAAGUUCUUACAUGUGAUGGCUGUGAAUCGUGUCGCCAAAACAGGCAUGCAGUGGACUUCGAUGUUGGCCGAUGAAAACACAGGUACUGGAAACUCUGCGUGGCUUGUGGUGGAUUACAACAGGUUUACGCCUGGACAGCCUUUGCCACCGAACACUCUCCGCCUUCUUGAGCAAGUGCCGGGCAUGACGCAUCAGGCGGACAUUACCACAGAGCUCACUUCGCGGGGGUAUUGGGGUUCUUUCAAUCGCCCCUUCUUCGAGGACAUCAGGCAGAUGUCUGGCCACAAAGCUGCAGAGGACUCUUAUGGGAAGCUGUUUUCCUUCGAAGAAUCACCCAGGGCCGCGCUCCUCCGGCGAUUCGGAGGGGGAGUGAGCAAGCUGGGCGACAUGAGGACGGCCAUGACCCGGAACGAUCCCAAGGACGCAGUUCCAGGGUUUCCCGCUGGACCUGGGCAUGCGAUCAUGGCCCGCAUGGACUUGGAUGCGAUGGUGAACAACAUUCCCAAUGGAGGAAUUGAUGCUAAGGUCUCAAGCGCAUGCUUGAUGAAGCGGAUGGCUUGCCAGGCCAUAAGUGGACCAUCGCAUGGAGGUUACCCGGCCUUCAGGUGGACAAGCGAGGCGACUGACACAACUGCAUCGGCAGAGCUGUUUCAGGGCUGGCCACACUUGGGCUUGCCGGAUGUCUGGAACUUUGAUUUCGUUGAGAUGAACUCUCAAGAGGACAAGCAGGCCAGCAACCAGCUCAGUGAGAGCUGCUAA